AUGACUUCGACUCAAUCAUCCGAUCAGCAGGGUAACUUUGCCAAUGGCUCGGCCGAGCAAGCUGCAGGCACGAAGCAUCGGAUUGAUGAGAACAUAUCACCAGCGUCGAAGCGCACCAAGACCGAUGACGGCAAGGAGCAGAAGACCAUUGAAGAAACCAUCCCGAGCGUUGCCAACGGCAAUGACGAGGAGAAGAAGCAGGAGCGUGAUGACGACGGCGAAUCUACGGUACAGCAAAUGAACGACGAUGGUGCUAGCAGCGAGCAGAAGUCCAAACCCGAGAAGGACGGCUCCAGCGCUGUAGAGCCCGACGGCCGAGAUGGGGAUACACCGGCGAGCAUACUUGAGAAGGGAAUUGUCUACUUCUUCUUCCGUGGCCGAGUGGGAAUCGACGAACCCAGCAGCGUCGACGAGAUUGCGCGAAGCUUCAUCGUCCUUCGUCCUAUUGGACAGGAUGCCAAGCUCGGCGAGGGCACAAUUGGGGAUGCGGGCAACAGCCGACUCAUCGCAAUUCCCAAGAAGGUUCUUCCUCUCAGCGGCAAGGACAAAUGGAUUGCGUUUGUAGAGAAGACGAAUGCAUCAUUUUCCACUCUGAAGGACGAGUUUCUCUCUGCGUCCGAUUAUGCUACCAAAACGGCCGGGACACGGCACUCUCCCGCCGCGACUCCUGUCGGCGAAGGUAUCUACGCCAUCACAACUACAGGACGCGAGAGCCACCUCGCGUACAUGCUUACUCUGCCUAAAGAGCUUGGCGAAGUCCAGAAGGAGAUUGGUCUGCGAGAGCGCGGGGGCUUCAUUCUCAGCACCAGAAACCCAGGUUACGAAGCACCCGCAAAUGCGCGACUACCCCAAGGCCCCGAUUAUCCGCAAGAGGUCAAGGAGGAAUUCCGGGCUCUUCGUUGGAUGCCUACCCAGCCCAAACACCUCGACUACGUCAACACCCAAUUCCUGCUUAUUGGAGAGUCUUCGGGUCUCGCCAAGGCGACCGAGCCCCAGAAGAAGGAUAUUAAGGAAGGGAAAGAUGAGCCGUUGGAGGAAAUGGAGAAGUUGGAGGAUGAGGAUACUCAUCGAAUGCAGGACCUGAAGGGAGACGAUUCAGCAGCCAUCUUUGCGGAUCUGGAGGCCAAAGCAAAGUACUACCCCAAGCUGCAAACAACUUUCUAA